CUGAGCCCACAGUCACACAACACAGAGACAGCCGCCGGGUACUGACACUUACAGAAGAAGACGACGACGCCAGGCCUUUUAGGAACCAUACAUCCCUCCAGAAAACAUUAGAAAAAGAAAAAGAAGACAUCAGAUCCUUUAGGAUACACCUACACGUUUACAGACAUGGGUAUUCAUGGAUCCAAACCUCAGAAACAUGUACAGGUUCUAAUACUGGGCCUGGAUGGAUCAGGAAAGACUACUCUGCUCUACAAACUGAAGUAUAAUGAGAGUGUGGUGACUGUGCCAACUGUGGGCUUUAACGUGGAGACACUGGAGACCGAGAGGAGCAGCCCGGGGUUGACUGUGUGGGACGUCGGUGGCCAGAGGAAGAUGAGACCCCACUGGAAGCAUCACUACGCAGAUACAGCUGGACUGGUGUUUGUGGUGGACAGCUCAGACCAUAAACGUCUGGAUGAGGCCCGCAAGGAACUGCAUCGGGUCCUACGGUAUGAGAGUCUCAGAGAGGUCCCGCUGGUGGUCCUCGCUAAUAAACAAGACCUUCCUGAAGCUUUAAGCCCAGAGGUACUUUGCCUGAAACUGGACCUGAGGAAAGUGUGUGAGGGUAGAGCGUGGUUCAUCCAGCCCUGUUCAGCUGCCACUGGGAUGGGACUGGAGGAAGGAUUCAGGAGGAUAGUCUACCUGAUGAAGACUCCACUGAAACAGACUCAAGAGGACAUUAAGAUUAAGAUGAGGUCUAAAGGCCUCGGUGUCACAGCUUUGAAGCAAGUCUUGCUCUGUGGCUAAGAGAUAAGAGGAAGAUCUGUUUCUGAAACAUUCACAUCACGCACAGGAUUCGUCCCUGUGCAGUUCAUCAAAAAUGGCCCAGUUGAGGCACCUUUCAGCCAAAAUGAAAGGUACAAAUCAGAUGGAUGACAGCGCUAACAGUUGAUAUUCUCUGUGUGGCAGGUAGAACUUUUACUGACUCAAAAUGAGGAUAUAAAUGUAUGGAUGUGAUGAUGGUCCAUGAGGACGCUGGGAGGGAUGUUACAUUAUUAGAGAAAAGUUGAAAGCUGAUAUGAAAAGCGUAUGAAACAAGAUUUAAGACAGAUCAGUCAAGGGAUGAAUGUAAAGUACAUAAAAAUGACUGCAAACAUUUCUAAAUAAAUUGCUGUUUUUUUAUUGUGUAUUAUCUGGUCAUUACUCCUAUGAUGUAAUGCUUUUUGAUUAUUCAUAAUAUCCCAAUAUUAAAGAAAAAUGUUGUUGCUUACGUGGUUGUCUAGAGCUAUGACAUGUAAGAUUAUGAACAAAUGCUACAAAUAAAGUGAUGACAAAAAAUAUAAGAAAAUGAAAUCUAUUGACUCAAAUACAUGAUCAAACCAUCAAAGAACAAAACUGUAAUUAUUUGUUAAAUAUGUCCAAUUGUAUUGUUUUGUAAUUGUUUUGUAGCUUUUGCACUUAAAUAAAAGUGGCUAAAAUAUG